UCCUGGCAGCCUUCUGGGACCAGCAGCUUCCUGGAAAGUUACUUCUGGUUGGAGCCGGGCAAUGGGCAGAGUGUUCUGUGAAAUCCACUGAGCUGAGAUCGACUAGGUUCCGGGAAUGAGAGGGCUGUGCUAUUCCCCUCAACUACCCCCUGCCUUGAAGGCUUAACAGGAAAAAAAAAAAGGCAUAUGCACAAUGUUAGCUACCGAAGUGCGUGAAAACUUUUAUUUGGAUGUCUCUAAAUUAAGCGCCGCUACCAUCCUACCACUCGGCUUCCACCGCGCCUUCUGGAGCUUGGAAGUAAAUGGGCAGCCUCAAUCCCCGAGCCUGCUGAUUGCCAGGGGGUGGGCGGACCCUGGAAGACAGGUUUUAAGCAAAAUUUUGAACUGUGAAGCAAAGCCUUGGGUGAAGACAAAAUGGCCUCACCGGCUGACAGUUGUAUACAGUUCACCCGCCAUGCCAGCGACGUCCUUCUCAACCUUAAUCGCCUCCGAAGUCGAGACAUCUUGACGGAUGUUGUCAUUGUGGUUAGUCGUGAGCAGUUCAGAGCCCAUAAGACAGUUCUCAUGGCCUGCAGUGGCCUAUUCUAUAGCAUCUUCACAGACCAGUUGAAAUGCAACCUCAGCGUGAUCAAUCUGGAUCCUGAAAUCAACCCUGAAGGGUUCUGUAUCCUCCUGGACUUCAUGUACACAUCUCGGCUCAAUCUGCGAGAAGGCAACAUCAUGGCUGUGAUGGCCACAGCCAUGUACCUGCAGAUGGAGCACGUUGUGGACACGUGCCGGAAGUUCAUCAAAGCUAGCAGUGAAGCAGAGAUGGUUCCUACCAUGAAGCCUCCUCGGGAAGACUUCCUCAACAGCCGGAUGCUGAUGCCCCAAGACAUCAUGGCCUUUCGGGGCCGGGAAGUGGUAGAAACCAGCCUACCGUUAAGAAAUACCCCCGGGUGUGAGAGCAGACCCUUUGCCCCCAGCCUGUACAGUGGUCUGUCCACACCACCAGCCUCUUAUCCCAUGUACAGCCACCUCCCAGUCAAUGGCUUCCUCUUCCCUGAUGAAGAGCUGCGAGAUGCCCGGAUGCCUGUGGCCAACCCCUUUCCCAAGGAACGGGCCCUUCCCUGUGAUAGUACCAGGCCAGUCCAUGGUGAGUACAGCCGGCCAGCCAUGGAGAUGCCGCCCAGUGUGUGCCACAGCAACAUCUACUCACCCAAGGAUGCAGUCCCAGAUGAAGCACGAAGCGACAUGCACUACAGUGUGGCAGAGGGCCCCAAGCCUGCUGCCCCCUCGGCUAGAAAUGCCCCAUACUUCCCUUGUGACAAGACCAGCAAAGAAGAAGAGAGACCCUCUUCAGAGGAUGAGAUUGCCUUGCACUUCGAGCCCCCCAAUGCGCCCUUGAACCGGAAGGGUCUGGUUAGUCCACAGAGCCCCCAGAAAUCUGACUGCCAGCCCAACUCACCCACAGAGUCCUGCAGCAGCAAGAAUGCCUGCAUCCUCCAGGCUUCUGGUUCCCCUCCAGCCAAGAGCCCCACGGAUCCCAAAGCCUGCAACUGGAAGAAGUACAAGUUCAUCGUGCUCAACAACCUCAACCAGAAUGCCAAACCAGAGGGGCCAGAGCAGGCUGAGCUGAGCCGCCUCUCCCCGAGGGCCUACCCUGCCCCACCUGCCUGCCAGCCACCCAUGGAGCCUGAGAACCUUGAUCUCCAGUCCCCAACCAAGCUCAGUGCCAGUGGGGAGGACUCCACCAUCCCCCAAGCCAGCCGGCUCAAUAACCUCGUUAAUAGGUCCCUGACAGGCUCACCCCGCAGCAGCAGUGAGAGCCACUCACCACUCUACAUGCACCCCCCGAAGUGCACAUCCUGCGGUUCUCAGUCCCCGCAGCAUGCAGAGAUGUGCCUGCACACUGCGGGCCCCACGUUCCCGGAGGAGAUGGGAGAGACUCAGUCUGAGUACUCAGAUUCCAGCUGUGAGAACGGGGCCUUCUUCUGCAAUGAGUGUGACUGCCGCUUCUCUGAGGAGGCUUCGCUCAAGAGGCACACACUGCAGACCCACAGUGACAAACCCUACAAGUGUGACCGCUGUCAGGCCUCCUUCCGCUACAAGGGCAACCUUGCCAGCCACAAGACCGUCCACACAGGUGAGAAACCCUAUCGGUGCAACAUCUGUGGGGCCCAGUUCAACCGGCCAGCCAACCUGAAAACCCACACACGAAUCCACUCGGGGGAGAAGCCCUACAAAUGCGAAACCUGUGGAGCCAGGUUUGUCCAGGUGGCCCACCUCCGUGCCCACGUGCUUAUUCACACUGGAGAGAAGCCUUACCCCUGUGAAAUCUGUGGCACCCGCUUUCGGCACCUUCAGACUCUAAAGAGCCACCUGCGCAUCCACACAGGAGAGAAACCUUACCAUUGUGAGAAGUGUAACCUGCAUUUUCGUCACAAAAGCCAGCUGCGACUUCAUUUGCGCCAGAAGCACGGUGCCAUCACCAACACCAAGGUGCAAUACCGUGUGGCCACCACUGACCUGCCUCCGGAGCUCCCCAAAGCCUGCUGAAGCAUGGAGUGUUGAUGCUUUCCUCUCCAGCCCCUUCUCAGAAUCGACCCAAAGGAUACUGUAACACUUUACAACCUUCAUCCCAUGAUGUAGUGCCUCUCUCAUCCACUAGUGCGAAUCGUAGCUG